GGAUUGACGUCACCGGUGUCGCGUCUCCUGACGUCGUGUUACGUAGCCGUCCUGACGGUAUGUGGAGAGUAGCAAUGUCGGAGGAGGUUGGGAAAGCGGUCCAGUCGGUGCUGGAGCGGGUGAAGCAGGCGGCGGCCCGCCGGCCAAAGAUGCUCCCAGCUGUUCCCCCCCGCCUGGUAGCUGUCAGCAAGACCAAGCCCCCCGAGAUGAUAGUGGAGGCGUACAGACAGGGCCAGCGCAACUUUGGAGAGAAUUAUGUCAAUGAGCUGGUGGACAAGGCUUCGGAUCCUGUGAUUUUAGAGUCGUGUCCUGAGAUCAAAUGGCAUUUCAUCGGCCAUCUACAGAAGAAUAACGUCAACAAGCUUCUGGGUGUCCCCAACCUCUUCCUGGUGGAGACGAUUGACUCCGCCAAGCUGGCCGACAGGGUCAACAGCUCGUGGCAGCGUGUGCGUGGGGCUAGCAGCCAGAGGUUAAAGGUCAUGGUGCAGAUCAACACCAGCGGAGAGCAGAACAAACACGGCCUGCCGCCCGAGGACACGGUCAGCACGGUGAAGCACAUCGUGUCCCAGUGCUCCGCCCUGCAUUUCUCAGGACUCAUGACCAUCGGUCGCUACGGCUACGACCUCACGCUUGGUCCCAACCCAGACUUCCAGAUGCUGCUGAGUCGGCGGCAGGAGGUCUGCGACAGCCUGAAGUUUCCUAUGGAGGAGGUGGAGCUCAGCAUGGGCAUGUCCACAGACUUUGAGCACGCUAUCGAAGUGGGCGCCACCAACGUGCGCGUCGGCAGCAUCAUUUUCGGCAACAGGGAGUACCCCAACAGUGCGUUAAACACGCCCAACCCUAGCCCCCUGCCCAGUCCGGCUCCCAGCCCCGAGAAAACCUCCAAGACGGUGUCAGAAGAAGCUGCCAAGAAGAUGCACCAUCUGACCGUAUCUGAACACUGAAGGAGAUCAUUAAAACGCCUCCAGGACAUUCGGGGGGAAGCGGCGGUCAUCUGGAGUUAGGACUUCUCCGUUUCCCCUUUUCUAAUCAGCCGUUUAACGUCCAGUUCAGUUUUCUUUUCCAUCUCUGACAGCAGAGUCCUGCAGGUGUUUUGGACCUGGAGGGUUCUGCCUGCCAGCCUGAGGAGGACCUUCACCGAGGAACCCGUCCUGCAGCCAGAGGUGAAGCUCUGCUGGAUUAGUCAGUAUCUUACCCGCAGUAGACGGCGCUCCGGCGCUGGAAUCUGGAACGGUUCUGGUUCUCAAAGACUCAAACGUUCAAACAGGUUUACAUCUGGUCUCUGCUGGUCCAGAUGUGCGGCUCUAACGGCCCACAACAUCAUCCAGGGGGAGACGCUUUGUUCAGAUUAUUCCUCCCAGAUUAAGGCUGGUGAUCUUCCUUCUGAAGCCCACCGCUGCUUUUAGGAACCGGAUCUAAGAACCGAAUCAGUUUUAGGGGUGAGGCGGAAGUUUAGCUCAGUAAAAAUCAGGGUUUCCAGUUCAGCAGCAUUUUUAUCUCAUUCUGCAGCUAGGAUACUGACUGCUCACAGCUGCUCUGCACAUCCUCCCUUCUAUCCGUCUCUUUCAGAUUCCUGUUUUCUAAGAAGAGUCUUAACUGGUGGAAGUUUUCAUGACUUAACAGAAAUGAUUGAACCGGUUUGUUUCUAAUGUGACGUGGAAAAACUGAACCGACUGGCUGUAAAUUCAAUAAAUGGUUUAUCCCUUUAUACCAGU